CAUCUACGUAAAUCUUGUCUUUCGUUGGCAAUGGCAGCUGUGCCCUCAGCUGGCUGCCUCCUGGCAAAGAACCAGUACUAUAGAGCACGACUGAAUUCUGAAUCUAGUGUUUCUUCAAGCAGUUCAUCUUGCUGCUCUGAUCCCGUGAACUUCUCAGAUCAGGAGAAAACCUUCCUUGGGCUACCUGAGGUGUUUGAAAAAUGUUGGUGGAUAAAAAGCUUUUUCCAAUGUGAGUCAACUCCUCAGAAUGUGGGCAGGAAAAGCUUAUCAGCCAGCAGUGCUAACAGCUGACUUGGAUUGCAAGCUGAGGGUAUCCAUAUUGACCUCACAUACACAGACUCAUUUCUUGAAAGAUUCUGGGUCUUCCAGGCAGCUGCAUUCAGUUAUGUGACGAAAACAAACUGCUUGAAACUUCACUUGCAAGAAACGUAUGGCAAAUUCCCAAGGAUUUAUCCACAGUUCAAAUAGGUUUUCUUGAGGCAAUCAUCAAUUCAAUUCCACGUUUGUUGCAGAGUUUUCAAUAGUGAACAGGUGUUCUGCAUUUCACAAUGACUCUUGCAUUGGAGGAAAUGCAAAUAAAAAGUCUUGUUAGCAUGGAGUAUCUUCUAAUUAUCCAGGCUUUCCAUUACUAAACUAAAAAGCUUCCGUAGACUGUCUGGGGCAAAAAGAUUCAAGGCUGUUCUGUCUCAAA